AUGGAAAAUUAUAUUGUUCUGUCAUUUAUUGGUGAAGGAUCAUUUGGUCGAGUUUUUAAAGCCAAGCACAAAGAUACUGAUGGUAUUGUAGCUUUAAAAGUUAUAAGAAAGAAAGGAAGGUCUUCAAAGGACUUAAAAAACUUAAGACAGGAAUGUGACAUUCAAAGGCAAUUGGAUCAUCCAAAUAUUAUUCGAAUGAUUGAUAGUUUUGACACUGAAUCGGAACUGGUAGUUGUGACUGAGUAUGCUGAAAAGGAAUUGCAUAGCAUCCUGGCUAAAGAAGGAUGUCUUAAUGAGGAGGAAGUAAAGAAAGUGACCUGGGAUUUAGUAUCUGCCUUGUAUUACUUACAUUCACAUAGAGUGCUACAUAGAGACUUAAAACCACAAAAUGUUCUGUUAGACAGCACAGGAAGAGCCAAACUGUGUGAUUUUGGUUUGGCAAGGAUAAUGACGAAUGCUACGCAUAUUCUGACAUCAAUAAAAGGUACACCUUUAUAUAUGGCCCCGGAACUUAUUGAUGAAAAGCCAUAUGAUCAUCAGGCAGAUCUUUGGUCACUUGGUUGCAUAGUGUAUGAGUUGAUGGCUGGUCAGCCACCGUUCUGCACAAUGUCAAUUUGGCAGCUUGUCCGUAUGAUAAGGCAUAAACCUGUCCAAUGGCCUAGUUUUAUUACAGCUGAGGCAAGAUCUUUUCUACAGGGUUUGCUGCAUAAAGAUCCAUCUAAAAGAAUGUCUUGGUCUGAAAUUCUUGAACAUCCAUAUGUGAAAGGGCAUGUUUUAAUAUUGCCAGAAGACAAACAAAGUGACUCGCCAUUCACCAAGCCCUUGUCUUGCAGCCAACAGGAAGCUAAGUUUUUACAAGCAGAGAAAAUGAGUAAAAAUAUAAAAACCGACACAAAAAUCGCAAGUGAAGUUAAAUCUGAAAAUAGAGAGCAUGACUUAAGAAAUAUUCGGGUUAUGCAUGCUAUGGAAUGCGUUCCAAUGUCUGAUGAUGAUAGUGUUAGAGCGACUAGCGCCUUCAGUGUAAGGGAUAGUCUCAAAACAGAUGACGAAGACCAAUCACAACCCAUAACAGCAGCUAACGCUAAACUAUUGAGAUAUGAGUUCAAUGUUAUGAAUAACUCGAACCUCGUAGUAUGUAAUCUGGAGAACAACAUGGCACAAUUACAAGCGGCUAACCAAAAACACGAAUUCAACAAAAUGCAUAAAAUUGUUGAAGAGAAACAAGAACUACAUAAAGAUGUACCAGUGGAUGUAGAUAAUGUAUCGAUUGUUAGUGAUAAGAAAGAUGAUUCUAAAGUCAAACCCAAACAAACUGACACAGCAUCACAGAGUUUGGAGCAUCCGAAGAGCUCAACGAAAUGCAGUAGCGAUGUUAGUUCGGGUCUUAGCAAAAGUGUACCGCCGUCAUAUAAACAAAAAAUAUUACAAUUCUCAAGAGACAAGUUACGUUUUGGAAGCGGUGGUAAUAGAUUGACUAGGAGCAUCAAGAGAUCAUUUCACUUUAGCAGGAGUCUGGACAAAAAUAAGACUGACGUUCAAAGAAGGACGAGUGAACCGGCUCUGGAAAUAAAUUGUACAGAGAAAAAAUCGGAUACCGAUAAAGAAAAAGGUCCUAAAGAGGAUAAAGAUCAAGAUAUAGAAAAGUGUGAGAUUAUAGAAGAAGCAUCAGAUGAAAAAGAUCUGGCUAAUAAUGAUCAUCCGCUACAAACAGUAGAAAAGGACGAAAUUAAAGAACCCUCGUCCCUGGAACUAGAGGAAUGGGAGGCGUUUCUGAACUCAAACAUCACUGAGGUUAUGGAAGGCGAUGUAGAAUCCCUCACUCAACUGAACAUGGUUAGUAUGGUUGUGGGCGUAGUAGGCGCGGCUGCCAGGUGGCGUGGCGCGCGGGUCUGUGGGGCCGUCGCCGCGCUUCUAGCAUUACCAGCACUCUCACAUUCACUGCCACGACAUACUCUACUCAAUAUACAAGAUGUAUAUCUCGAAGCGAAAGUUGUUUUUAACUUUGUGGCUGCCAUAAACACGCUCAUGAAAGACAAAAGAGAUUCCGACCAAGACUCCGAGGACAGAUCUCGUUCUGUAUCUCGUAUGGUGGAGGUGUGCUCGUGGCUGUGCGUGCGUUCGUCUCGAGCUGUAAGACAAUUCGCUACAGCUGUUACCGCCUUCAACGCGCAUCUCGUCUUCACACUACUACUGGAAUACCAUUCAAAAACCCCAAGAGAAUCACAGAACGUAGUUGGUAUUCUGAUAACCGUUUUACAAGACCUCCCCGAACACGCGGAUGUGGUUGAGAAGAUUCUAUUCGAUAGCACGAGUUUUAACUUCCUGAAGCUUCUAGAACAUUCUUGUGAUGCUCUCAAAAUGAGAGUCUGUAUUCUCAUAAGUCUACUGUGUACGUUUUCGUGUACAACUUUUUCAGCGGCCAUGGAGUCGAAGUGGAGCAAGAAAGAAAGUGAUAAACUUGAAGCUCUUCACAGCCACUGUAAUGUGACACUUAAUAGAGCAGCUAGAUUGGCGACAAAGGAAUUGAGCAAUAUGCCAUUUUAUACUAGCUGA